AUUGAAUGUAACUAGUCAGUAAAGUGAGAAAAAUGCAGCAUUUAAGACUUUUUCUUGUUUGGGCAUGUCUUUGGGGAGCUGCUAUCGAUGCUAAUCUUCCCAAGGAGCAAGGCUGUGAGCAGCCAAAUAAUUAUAUGCAUAAAUUUGACAUCAAUAAAUAUCUAGGAACCUGGUAUACCCAAUCAAGAACUCCAUUUUUUGGUGAGCGUAUAGCCAGAUGCACACGCCAAUCGGUUAGUAGGACUAAGAGUAAAGGUAAUUGGACAUAUGUUUCAAAACUAUGGGAAAUACGACACGAGAGUACGAAGCCAAGUUUAAGAAAUAUUCCAUUGACUGACUUAAGAAACGGAACCUAUGAAAUGCAAACGAAAGUCGAUGAAAAAGGUUCAAGGGCAUUCGUCUUAGAUACUGACUAUACUCAUUAUGCUGUUCGUUAUAAUUGUUUCGAUAUAGUUGGCUAUAUAUCAUUUGAUUCGUGGGUGAUCGAGACACGUCAGCCCAAUCCACCAAAAAAAUAUAUAAAAAAAGCUAUAAGUGUAUUAAAAGCGGCUAACUUGCGCUAUGAGGAUAUGAUGACUGUUGAUCAAAAAAAUUGUAGUAGCAUUCAGAAACCGAAACAUAAACCAAAACCGAUACCAAAAGUUCAACCGAAGCUUAGAACACGGCACUAAGUUAUAUUCUGAAGAUUUUCUAUAUAAAAAAGAAAACAGCAAAUAAAAAACCCAAAUAACAAAUAAAAAUGUUGACCAACAAGAAAGACAAACAGAAACAUAAAUCAGAAACCGCACACGAAACGGAUGCGCAUAGAUAACUCUAACUGUACUUGCCUCCCAUACACACAGAAACACGAGCGCACACACACACAUACACACAGAAAAAGGACAAUUGUAAAAUUAAACAGCGAAAAGGCAGGAGAAUUGUCCUUCCUCAAAAGCAAACAACGUCCAAUGGGGAAAUUUUAUGCUACACCGAUUUUAGAAAUUUCUACAUAUUUAUAUAUUGUAUGUUGAUACAAUAUAAGGUCUGUACUUGAAACAAA